UCAGGCCUUCACGGGAACGCGCCUUGAGUCCAGGCGGGCGCGAGCCUACACGCGUUACUACCAACAGGCACGGAAUUCCAGAGAGGAAAUCGGAGAUUUUAGUCGAAGGGGGAAGAAGGAAAUCUCCAAGUAACCAAGACGUGUUGUCUCUACGUGUGAGAGCAGCCACUGUCUUUAACCGGGGAAAAGUGAACGGAAACCCGCUCGAGAAUAUGGACUACGGCCGCUGAUGGAGGCGGUGAGAAGUUUGCUGUUGCUCGGGGCCGUCUUGCUCGCAGCGACGGGCUCGCUGGCCAGAGAAGUGUGCCUGGGUACAGACAUGAAGCUGGCCCUGCCUUCCAGCUUGGAAAACCACUAUGAGACAUUAAAGCUGCUCUACACCGACUGCCAGGUCAUCCAUGGAAACCUGGAGAUCACACACCUUCAUGGACAGCCCGACCUCUCCUUCCUACAGGGGAUUGUGGAGGUACAAGGCUAUGUGCUGGUGGCUCAUGUCUCAGUGAGCCUAGUUCCUCUGGACAACCUUCGGAUUAUCCGAGGCAGUCAGCUGUACAAUUCCAGCUAUGCCCUGGUGGUAGAGGAUAACACUCUGGGUGGACAAGGUGGACUCAGGACACUUCGACUCCGUAGCCUCACAGAGAUCCUUUUGGGUGGGGUCUAUAUUUGGGGGAACCCCCAGCUCUGCUUCCCUGACCCCCAGAACAUUUCGUGGAGAGACACUUUGGACGAACAGAACAUCCACGCCAAGCAGUACCGACUGCAAGCUCGGGCUUCUAACUGUUCAAGUUGUGCUCCUGCAUGUAAGAACAGCUGCUGGGGAGAAACAGCAGAGGAUUGCCAAACUUUGACGCAUAUUAGUUGUGCAUCAGGCUGCCAGCGGUGUAAAGGCCCCCUGCCCAAUGACUGCUGUCACAUGCAGUGUGCCGCCGGAUGCACAGGACCCAAAGACUCAGAUUGUCUGGCAUGUCGACACUUCAAUGACAGUGGCGUGUGUAAAGACAACUGUCCUCCGCCCACCAUUUACGACCCCGUCAGCUUUCAGACCAAACUCAACCCAGACAAGAAGUUCAACUUUGGAGCCACCUGCGUCAAGACGUGUCCCUAUAACUAUCUGGCUAUGGAUGUAGCGUGCACAUUAGUCUGCCCCAAAGCCAACCAGGAAGUCAUCAUCUCCCAUCCCGAUGGGAACGAGACUCAAAAAUGUGAAAAAUGUGAAGGAGACUGUCCCAAAGUGUGCUACGGUUUGGGUAUAGACAACCUUGGCGUCAUGGACAAUCACGGUGUCACCAUGGUAACGUCUUCCAAUGUCGAGAAGUUCAAUGCUUGUAAAAAGAUUUUUGGAAGUUUGGCCUUCCUCCCUCAGAGCUUUACUUGGGACGCCGUUACCAACACAUCCGGCCUGACUCUCGAGCAACUCAGUGCUUUUAAGAACCUGGAGGAGAUUACAGGUUAUUUGUACAUGGACGCCUGGCCAGAAGACUGGACUGACCUGUCUGUGUUUGAGAACCUAAAGGUGAUCCGAGGCCGCAGCCUCUACAAGGGUGUCUUUUCCCUUGCUGUUCAGAAUCUACGCAUCCAGUCUCUUGGGUUGCGUUCGCUACGCAGCAUCAGUGGAGGUUUGAUCUUGUUGCACAACAAUUCUCAGCUAUGUUACACCAAUUCACUGCCGUGGGAGCGCCUCCUCCAUCCCGCCAAGGGGCCCCACUAUAUUGUCAACCAUAACCAGGACUCUCAACUAUGUGAGGCAGAAGGACGUGUGUGUCACCCGCUGUGUGAAGGCGGCUGUUGGGGGCCGGGGCCCAGCCAGUGUGUGUCCUGCAAGACUUUCCAGCGUGGCAAUGAGUGUGUCGAGCAGUGUGACCGCCAUCAGGGGCCCGUACGCGAGUACAUCGAUGAAUUCUUGUGCGUCCCCUGCCAUACAGAGUGUCGACCUCUUAAUGGCUCCGCCUCCUGUCACGGCCGGGGUGCAGACCAGUGCGUAGAGUGCCAGAACUUCCAGGACGGCGAUUUUUGUGUGGACCACUGCCCCAGCGGCGUAAAGGAGGAUCAGCAUACUGUGUGGAAGUACAGCAAUGCCACAGGACACUGUUUGCCCUGCAACACCAACUGCACCUUGUCCUGCACUAAGAUGGACGAGAGAGGUUGCCCUAUCCAUACCAAGACAGGACCAGCCACCACAAUCGCAGCUGCUGUGGGUGGUGUGGUGCUCUUCUUCAUCCUGCUGGCUCUGCUCGUCUUCUACCUGAAGAGGCAGAAGAAGUUGAAAAAAAAGGCAACCUUGAGGAGGAUACUGCAAGAGCAUGAGCUGGUGGAGCCUUUGACACCCAGCGGGGCUUCACCCAAUCAAGCUCAAAUGCGCAUCCUAAAGGAAACCGAGUUAGAAAAACUUCGAGUGUUGGGUGCUGGAGCUUUUGGUACUGUUUACAAGGGAGUGUGGACUCCUGAUGGGGAAAAUGUGAAGAUACCAGUUGCCAUCAAAGUUUUGAGAGAGAACACCUCACCAAGGGCCAAUAAAGAGAUCCUCGAUGAAGCGUACGUGAUGGCAGGUGUGGCCAGUCCGUAUGUGUGUCGUCUAUUGGGCAUUUGUUUGACCUCUACAGUGCAGCUGGUCACUCAGCUGAUGCCGUACGGCUGCCUCCUGGAUUACGUAAGGGAGAAUAAGGACCACAUCGGCUCCCAGUUUCUCCUCAACUGGUGUGUCCAGAUUGCCAAGGGGAUGAACUAUCUCGAGGAGGUGCGCCUCGUCCACCGAGAUUUGGCAGCCCGAAACGUCCUGGUGAAGAACCCAAACCAUGUGAAGAUCACAGACUUUGGCCUGGCCCGCUUGCUUGAUAUCGAUGAGACAGAAUAUCACGCCGACGGAGGCAAGGUGCCGAUAAAAUGGAUGGCGUUGGAGUCUAUCCUGCACAGAAGGUUCACACAUCAGAGUGACGUCUGGAGCUAUGGGGUCACCGUUUGGGAGCUGAUGACUUUUGGCGCUAAACCCUACGACAUGAUCCCUGCCAGAGAAAUCCCAGAUGUCUUAGAGGGGGGAGAGCGACUCCCGCAGCCCCUUAUCUGCACCAUCGACGUCUAUAUGUUCAUGGUUAAAUGUUGGAUGAUCGACCCAGACAGCCGACCCAAAUUCAAAGAUCUGGUAAAUGAUUUUUCCGCCAUGGCCAGGGAUCCGUCCCGCUAUGUAGUCAUCCAGAAUGAUGAGCAGAUGAGCCUAUCUAGUCCAGUGGAUAGCCAGUUCUUCCGGAAGCUUUUAGAAGAGGACGGAAACAACAUGAGGGAGCUGCUGGAUGCUGAGAAGUAUCUGGUGCCUCAACCCAACCUCCUCCCCAGGCCUCAGGGUGAUGGGGCCCAAUCAAACGGGCCGUCCAGGCACCAAUCAUACAGGCAGAGCAGGGAUCAGGGCUUAGAUGUAGAGCCACCAGUGACCGCAGCGGCCCCUCGGACCAUGUACUCCUCCCUCAGCACGCUGGGCCGCAGUCAGUACCCGACCCUGCCAGUAGGAGCCAGCGCCUCCAACGGCACAUGGACCCCUCACUACCCCACGCUGGCACGCAGCCCCUCUGCUGGUGGACAGUCAGACUCCGUCUUCCUGGAUGGGCCCACAGAUGACCAGUCGCUGCUUCCGGCCAGCCCGGGUCGCUAUUGCAAAGAUCCCACCUUCGGGAGCCAGGGCGAGCUGGAGACGGACGGGCCCAACGGCUUCUUUCAUCCUCAACAUCUUCAUCACUCGCUGCCCAGAAGAAACCAUGGCAAUAGUCACAAUCACGCCUUGCCAGAGUACGUCAAUCACGAGGUCCACGAGCUGAGGCCUCAGCGACCCAGCACGCUGCCUCGCAAAGUCUCCAAGGUGGAGCGACGCCUCCCUAAUGGCCUAACGUCCGGCCACAGUGUGGACAACCCAAGGUACUUGGUGCCCGCCAGCUCCCCUGCCUUUGACAACCCGUACUACCUGGACCUUGUGGCCAAGGCCAACGCCGUCGCCGGGGCUGCAGAGGCGGACGACCAGGGGCAAGUCAACGGAUUUGUAACCCCGACGGCCGAGAAUCCAGAAUAUUUGGGUUUAGCGGACACUUGGAGUGGGUACACCUGAACCUGAAGGGAAGUGCGAGACAAUAUUUAUGCGACUGGGCGUGUUUUUUGUUUAUGGGCGAUUGUGCAAACAAUUAGCCAGCAUCCAGUCAGUCACCAGAUUAGAAGGUAGUGACACACAGUGACUCAUUACAUUCAUCCCGUGUUCUUGGUCACGUUUGUAUUGGCCUCAACAACAACAUGCCCUCUCCUGGAAACUCUGUAAAUAAUUUACAAUCCAACUGAGGAUCUUUUUGAAGAAAAUGUUUUUCUUGCAUCUCACCACUAAAGUGAGACACGCUAUGCAUCGAGGGGAAUGUUUGGUAUUCCACUCAGCGUCUUCCCAACCUGAUGCGGUUCUUUGUUUACGCUCAAAGACGUUUUGUUGCGGUCAGAGGGGUCCCUGUGUGCGACACGUUUGGCAAGGGCCUCCUUAGAAGAAAAGCCUGCUGUUUGUUGAAGACGGCGGGAGACAACGUGUGACAACGGCGCACACCCGCACGUGUGUCUGCAUCUACUUUGUGGUACGGCCAUCAGGGAUUUUUGCAUUUGUACAAAGCAUGAUGAUGUCGGCCCACCGUGCUUCAAGUGGACGAUCGCUGUACCCAGAGGCCACCGGAGAAUUAAUUGUGAAGAAUUAACGUGCGUGUUAAUGUGUUAAAUGUUAGCGCUGUGUAUUCAGAGGUAGCUCCUGUUGGGUGUCAAGGCAUCACUCCAAUUUCACCCAGCAACACAUACACACACUUGCCUCCCAGUUAAUAAUCAACUGCCUUUUCUGUCAACUGGUGGCCAGAGGGAGGUCAAAACUAGUCAAUGGAGACAUUGUCCAAUCUCAACAUACCCGUUGCUCGAUCUUACCCGCCAAUGAUCUUGCUGCACGAGCUUAAACACUUCUAAAAAAAUAAAAUAAAAAGAAGAAGAAAAAGUGCACUAUCGGGUUGACAAGUUACAAUUACACACAAAUCUACCACUGCGAACUUUCACUAUUGCUACAUGGACACAGGACGCUUUCUGUGGAAUUCAACUGGCAAAAGUGAUAAUUAAGCUAUUUUAAACUAAUUUCUCUCCUGGAAAAUUAGUUUUUUGGGGUUGCAUCAUAAUAUUAUUGUUAUACUAACAUUGUUAAUUGUCUUUUAUGAGAUAGGAGCACACAAAAGCUUUUUUUAUAAUGCUUUUACAUAUUGUUUUAAAACUUUUUACUGUGAGACAAACUUAUAAGACAAAUUUAAUGAGCAAAUAAAACGAUUAAAUGUGUAAAAUACAUCAAUAUGUAUAUAGAUAUGUAUAUAUAUGUUUAUGUAUAUUAUAUGGAUGUGAAUGUGUUUAUGUAUAUGUAUGUAUUGUGUGUGAAUGUAUUCAUAUAUAUAAAUGAUAUAUAUGUAAGUAUAUAUAAUAUGUAUAUGUAUACACAAACACAUUUAUAUGUAUUAUAUGUAGAUGUGUGUAUACAUGUGUAUGUAUAUAUUUAUACAUGUAUACAUAUUUUUAUUUUGUUAUGUAUAUACGUAUACAUACACACACACGUGUGUGUAUAUAUACAUACAUACAUACACGUAUUUGUAUAUGUAUAUAUAUAUAUAUAUAUAUGUAUAUAUAUAUAUAUAUAUAUAUAUAUAUAUAUAUAUAUAUAUAUGUGUAUAUAUGUGUGUGUGUGUGUGUGUGUGUGACCAGUCUUUUGUGAAAAAUAAAAUGCAAUACCUUAUGAAGAAAAUUGUCAAUUUUACACAGAUUAUUUUUGCAUAUCGUGUGUUUUAAAAAAUAAAAACCUGCAAAAAUA